AUGGGAUCGGUGGAUUUUGGAGAAGUAUCCCAUUAUCUUUUAGCUAAGUUCUCUGCACGUCUUGACGAAGCAGAAAGAGAUAAAGAUGUCAGCAAACUUUCUUGCAUCUCUCGCUUGCGAAGUGCAGAGACCCGCAUCAAACCCAAGUACGCCAACGCUAUCAAUAAUAGCAAAAUAACCACCAGUGCUAAUUCUGGUACGGAUCUUGACAUCCGGAAGUUGAUUUAUGACCUCAUUUCUGAACUCUCGGAGUGCUGCGUUUUUGCCCAACAGCAUCGCGGUUUUGGGGCCGUGGGGCACAAGAAGAUUUUCUUGCGACUUAAGAGUUUGUGGUUCAUUAUUCAAAAGAAUCGACGGUUGGGUGAACUAGACAAUAAGCUCCAAGAAGUUCUCAGUCGAAAGAUUUCAAUAGGGGUAGAUCCCGCCUCAAUUGCUGGUAAUAAUGAGGACGACGAUGAAGAUGCUUAUGAUGAUGAAGAAGCAAAAUUUCCAGGUAGGUUUGUAGGAUUGGAUCCAGCAGCGGAAACAGUCGAGAAAUUGAUACUUGAGGGAUGUGAAGGUGAUGCUAAUACUAUACUGAAGGGGUUUGGAAUUGUGGGGUAUGGGGGAUCAGGGAAAACCACCCUUGCCCGGAAGGUUUUCCGGAAUUUGAGAAAUAUGUUCUGGCCAAGGAUUUGGGUUUCUUUGUCUGGGACCCUCUAUGAUGCGCCGGUGAGCGGGGACUUGAGAGUGAAGAUUUUAAGUAAAAUGCUGGAGCAGGCUGGUGGUGAUGUCUCGGAAUUGUCGACUGCUAAUGUUGGCGAUAUUCCCAAUCUCACCGAGAAGCUUUACCGUCGACUAACGGGCAAGAGGUAUCUUAUUGUGUUGGAUGAGGCCUGGCAUGUUAAUGGUUGGUAUGGGGAUUUAUGCUCUGAGCUGCCAAAAGGCGAUGAUGCAUCAUUCGGGGACUGCAUAUCUCAUGCAUUGCCCAAAGACAGUGGUGGGAGAAUUAUUGUCACAACUAGGCGAAAGAGUGUUGCAACAGAAAUGAUAGGUGAGAAGAACUUGAUGCCAAUUGAUAGUCUGCUGGACCAGAAGAUUGGCUGGUCAGUGUUUUCUGAAGCUGUCCGUGAAAAUCGAAGAGUUGAUGUGAAUAACAGCACUCUGUUAAAGAUGGAGGAUAUAAUCAGCAAAAAUUGUGCUGGCCUUCCCUUAGUUGCCAGGACUUUAGCAACGAUAAUUCCAGAACAAAUCCAAAAGGAGGAGGAGGAGAUGCGACGGAAGGAGGAGGAGAUGCGAGGAGAGGAGGCUCGUCUAUAUGAGAUGCGACAAAAGCAGGCGGCGGCGCGCUCUCGACGGCAGGCCUGGCUGACGGCUGAAUGA